CAUCGCUUUGGUCCACCCAUUUCGCGCCAGGACUCUGCGCAGCCAGCAGGUGUCUCUGUGUAUGUCAGUGGUGGUGUGGUGGUUCUGGUUGCCAUGCUGCCACUGCUGCUGUCACGGCAGACCUACGAAGUCAGCACGCUGCAGAUCACCACUUGCCACGAUGCGCUUCCAGAGGAUGAGCAUGAAAACUACUUCUUGCCGUAUUUCGCCACCCUGUUCGCCACCUGCUUCCUGCUACCCUUAGCCAUUGUCCUGUACUGCCACAGCACUGUGUUGCGCACCUUGCUGGCCGGGGGAAAAUUCUACGGUCACGCCAUCCGGGUGACGGUACUGGUGCUGCUGGUCUUCAUCGUGUUUCUGCUGCCGAGCAACAUCCUCCUCCUCCUCACCUAUGCUGACAGCUCACUGGAUGGAGAUGGAGAGGACCUCUACAUGCCCUACAUGGUGAGCUUGGCGGUGAGCACCUUCAACAGCUGCAUCGUCCCGUUCAUUAUCUACUACGUGUCCACAGAGUUCCGGCAAAAGGCCAAGAGCACUUUGUGCUGCCACUGCGAUUCUGAGGAUAAAACAUACUCUCUGGUCAAGAAUAUGUCAUCUUUAUCAUCAGGCCCAAGGUCAAAGGUCACCCUGCUGUCCAUGUCCAGUCGACAGAGGCCACCUGAGAUGCCAUGCAGCUCCCAGGAGAACAGAGUAACGGACACCUGACUGCAGGCUGUCACGCAAAUGUCUUCAAAUUGUUGAACUGCUCAUUUAAAUGAGGAACUACGGUAUAUUGAUCUCUUAUUGGCUCUGAUCACGUCAGAUGAUGUCACAUGUUUAAUGAUUUUUUUUUUUCACUAGGACCAAUUCUGUUUACAUUAUACAUGCUUCCCUUAGGCAGUAUCAUUAGAAGACAUAGCAUACAUUUUCACUG